AUGAAGAUGGUGACGGACCCGACUCUCGACGAUGACAGGUGGGGAUUGUUUGUACCGUACAAGCGCAAGUUCUGGUUCGAAAAGAACGAUUAUGACGUCCCUGAAUCCUAUUUCUACCAGAACGGCGAGAAGAUUAAGCCCAAUACAAUCGAGCUGGUCAAGAGAUUCCUCAAACAAGUCCGCGAAUCCAGGGGUUAUGACGUGGAUUGCUACCCGCCUUCGAUGUUUGAAUCUCCAUUCUCACCAAUGCCACUGGAAGAGAUGCGCCAGAGUACAUGCAAUAUUCGUAAAACCGGCUAUGCUAGAGUUGUCCGAGCAGCCGAGUUAGCAAUUCAGAAUAUCUGUGAAGAGACUGGUCACAGAUAUAAGCUUGUGAAAGUCGAGAGGGCUAUCUGUAUCCUGACCAGGCCCGGGGUGUACUUCUUGACUUUGACUGCCGAGGAAGAUGGUGGCCCUGUGCAAACUAUUCAAGCCCAGGUCUACUACUCCAUUGAGGACCAUCCAGUCCUUCAUGAGUGGAGGUUCAAACCAAUCCCUGCCCAAAAUGCCUGUUAUGUAGCUGUGCAGCAGUCAAAAUUUCAUGCCGACAAGGCAAAAAGAUCUAUACAGGAGCCGCCACUCGAUGCACUGAGAGCUGGAAGUGGGCGUGUGAGAGAUCUCAAUAUCCAGUUUGCGAGUUGGACACAAAGUCAAUUACAAAACCAUCCAGAUGAGCGUUGGGAGGAUGGAGUGCAGGGUUACUUAAACCGUGCUGAAAGCAUCAUGGAGAUUUAUGGUGAUGCUGUUAAUUGGUUGAGAACAAAUGCCGUGAAACAAAGGGGUGUAGCCAAGAUUCCAUCUGAAGAUGCUCGUACUAAGCCUCUAUGGAAAUCUGCAUGUCUCUAUAAUAAUAAUGGCCGUUUCACAUUUGGAGGAAGCGAGGUUUCAGUUCCUGGAAUCGGAAAUGCCAAUGUUGUUGCUUCAAAUGAACCUGAUGGAGGUUAUGUAGCUGUGCAGACGCAGAGCAAGAUAGCAGUAAUGGGGCCUCAAUUUCAUGCUGACAAGGGAGAAACAUCUAUCCGGCAGCUGCCACUGGAUUUACUGAGAGAUAAAUCACCAGGAUGGCAUGUGACAAAUCUCAAUAUCCAGUUUGCGAGUUGGAUACAAAGUCAAUUACAAAACCAUCCAGAUGAGCUUUGGGAGGAUGGAGUGGAGGAUUACUUAAUCCGUGCUAGAUGCCUCAGGGAGCUUUUUGGUGAUGCUGUUAAUUGGUUGGGAACAGAUGCCGUGAAACGAAGGUGUAUAGCCAACAUCUCAUCUGAAUAUGCUCGGACUAAGCAUCUAUUUGCAAUUGGCAAAAGCAGUCAUACAUUGUUUUCGGACAAACCUAUGUUUACUGCAGCCACAACAGCAUGGAGACCUGCACUGUUUUCGGGCAAACCUAUGUUUCCUGCAGCCACAACAGCAAGCUCUGGAACCCCAUGGAGACCUGCACUGUUUUUGGACAAACCUUUGUUUCCUGCAGCCACAACAGCGAGCUCUGGAACCCCAUGGAGACCUGCACUGUUUUUGGACAAACCUUUGUUUCCUGCAGCCACAACAGCAAGCUCUGGAACCCCAUGGAGACCUGCACUUCUUUUUCAUUAUGGCCCUUUCACAUUUGGAGGAAGCGAGGUUUCUGUUCCUGGAAUUGGAUAUGCCAAUGCUGUUACUUCAAAUGAACCUGAUGGAGGUGGGAAAGCUGCUGCUCGACCUCGAUGCUUCGGAGAUCGGAGGAGUUCACCCAGCGACAGAGAUAGCUUGAUAGAACCCUCAGUUGUCUUGUGA